UUUUUUUUAUUGCUCACCCAUUUCUCAGGAGCACCCCGAUCCCUGAUUCUGGUGUUACAAGUUCAUUCUGUCAACGACCUGCUUCAACCUGCUAGCGGUUAUUCGCGAAUCGUAGCCGUUCAUAUAUAAACUGGUACACCCGCCGUGUCUAACCAGUCGCUUUCCUCUCAUCAUUUUGCAAACAUUCUCUGUUUCUACUACUGAACCAGGAUGGCGCGUCAACACUUCAUUCUUAUUGUAGCAGUGGCGCUGAUUUGCUCAGCAAUGGCCGCCCCCGAGCCUGAACCACUGCCCCGCAACGGAGGAGGCGGUGGUGGAUACAACCACGGAGGCGGACAACAACACCACGGAGGCGGACAUUACAACCACGGAGGCGGCGGAUACAACCACGGAGGCGGUCACAACAACCACGGAGGCGGUCACAAUAACCACGGUGGAUACCAUCACGGUUAACUUCUCAGCUUACCGUUCACCAAAAAUUUUCACACCUCUCAUCAUCAAAAACAACCCACAAGACUUCACUUCACUUGAAACAUUCAUAUACCUUGAGCAAACACGCACUGAUAGAUGAAAAGUUUACGAAUUAAACAGUAUUUUUAUAAAAAA